CCUGCACAACCCAUGCCGUGUUUCCGUGUUCUAACCGUGUUGUAAACAAACCCCCGGUUAAACAGUGUAUCUGCUAUGGUUAACAGGCUGAAUGUAUCGAUUAUUUCUUCACAAAAAGCCCCGCGUGAACGUUUUAUCUGGCGUGUUUAUGUCCACUUUUAACAACUCUGGUAUGGACGUCAAAUGUACAGACAAUCGGUCGAUCCAUUCCGACAACAUCGCAGAGAUUCAUAACAUCCCGAUGCAUAUCAUCAUAAGACCGAUCCCCCCUGUGCUCGACGAACAAAAAGUGGAGAGCUUGAUGUGUACAAUAAAGGAGACAGAAGACGUCGAGACCGUCCCCCCGAUUGAUGUCCUUUGGAUCAAAGGCAGAGAAGGGGGAAACUACUACUAUUCAUUUGGAGGAUGUCACAGAUUUGCGGCGUACCAAAGAUUGCAACUGAAGACAAUACCAUCCAAGCUCUUUAAAUCUAGCAUCUCGGACUUGAGGAUUUACUUGGGGUCUUCAACGCCAGAUCUACUCUAAAGAGUUUUUCUGGGAUUUUGUUUGACCUACCUGUAGUGUUUCUUGAAAUCUAAGAACAUGCGUUGGGUUUAACUGCAAUUGAAGCCUGCAAGACAAUGUAUUCGCCUGCAGGGGGAAUUGUAACCCAAUAUUACAUGCACACUGCCUAUUUACUUAUUAUAUUGUGUAUUGUAUCAGUCAUUUGCUGAACAUAUUCUUCACUUUUAAGUGAAUAAUGUAAAAUUAUAUUUCAAGUUUUUCUUUUAUUUGCAAAACGAUUCUCAUUGCACACAUGGGGCUUGUUCUGAUCGGCGUGCAUGUGUAAGAUUUAUGAUUUAUAAGCGGUACAGAAUGUUUCACCGAUAUGCCAUCAUUUGUAGGCAUCAUCAAAUGGCUCUGGUGGAUGAAAAGCACUUAAGUUCUGACCCUUUAGGAUGCUUGUUUGCACCCCACUGCUUAUCCUGACACCAUUGUAAUGUCAUGUACUGCACUGUACUUUUAGCCUGAUACAUGCUAUAUAAUUAUGAUAUAUUGUUUUUUGCUAUGAUUUUAAAUGAUUAAAGAAAUCUUCACUAAUACUUUGAAAGAGGAUAUCUUCAGGAAUAUUUAAGCCUGGUGCAUCGUUAUAUAAUUGUAUUGAAAUUUAAAUUAAAAAGAGGUGACAGUAAAAGCCGUU